CCCGCCAGCACCAUGGGCAGCAACAAGAGCAAGCCCAAGGACGCCAGCCAGCGGCGCCGCAGCCUGGAGCCGGCCGAGAGCGCGCACGGCGCGGGCGGGGGCGCCUUCCCCGCCUCGCAGACCCCCAGCAAGCCGGCCUCCGCCGACGGCCACCGCGGCCCCGGCGCCGCCUUCGCCCCCGCCGCCGCCGAGCCCAAGCUCUUCGGAGGCUUCAACUCCUCGGACACGGUCACCUCCCCGCAGAGGGCCGGGCCGCUGGCGGGCGGAGUGACCACCUUUGUGGCCCUCUACGACUACGAGUCACGGACGGAGACCGACCUGUCCUUCAAGAAAGGCGAGCGGCUCCAGAUUGUCAACAACACGAGGAAGGUGGAUGUCAGAGAGGGAGACUGGUGGCUGGCCCACUCGCUCAGCACGGGACAGACGGGAUACAUCCCCAGCAAUUACGUGGCGCCCUCUGACUCCAUCCAGGCUGAGGAGUGGUACUUUGGCAAGAUCACCCGGCGGGAGUCGGAGCGGCUGCUGCUCAAUGCGGAGAACCCAAGAGGAACCUUCCUAGUGCGAGAAAGUGAGACCACGAAAGGUGCCUACUGCCUCUCCGUGUCUGACUUUGACAACGCCAAGGGCCUCAAUGUGAAGCACUACAAGAUCCGCAAGCUGGACAGUGGCGGCUUCUACAUUACCUCCCGCACGCAGUUCAACAGCCUGCCUCAGCUGGUGGCCUACUACUCCAAACACGCAGAUGGCCUAUGCCACCGCCUGACCACCGUGUGCCCCACGUCCAAGCCGCAGACGCAGGGCCUGGCCAAGGAUGCCUGGGAGAUCCCCCGGGAGUCGCUUCGGCUGGAGGUCAAGCUGGGCCAGGGCUGCUUCGGAGAGGUGUGGAUGGGCACCUGGAACGGCACCACCAGGGUGGCCAUCAAAACCCUGAAGCCGGGCACGAUGUCCCCAGAGGCCUUCCUGCAGGAGGCACAGGUCAUGAAGAAACUGAGGCACGAGAAGCUGGUGCAGCUGUAUGCAGUGGUGUCUGAGGAGCCCAUCUACAUUGUCACGGAGUACAUGAGCCAGGGGAGUUUGCUGGACUUUCUCAAGGGAGAAACGGGCAAGUACCUGCGGCUGCCUCAGUUGGUGGACAUGGCUGCGCAGAUCGCCUCGGGCAUGGCGUAUGUGGAGCGGAUGAACUACGUCCACCGGGACCUCCGAGCCGCCAACAUCCUGGUUGGGGAGAACCUGGUGUGCAAAGUGGCCGACUUCGGCCUGGCCCGCCUCAUCGAGGACAACGAGUACACUGCUCGGCAAGGCGCCAAGUUCCCCAUCAAGUGGACGGCUCCAGAAGCUGCCCUCUAUGGCCGGUUCACCAUCAAGUCGGACGUGUGGUCCUUCGGGAUCCUGCUGACGGAGCUCACGACGAAGGGUCGGGUGCCCUAUCCUGGGAUGGUGAACCGUGAGGUGCUGGACCAGGUGGAGCGGGGCUACCGGAUGCCCUGCCCACCAGAGUGUCCCGAGUCCCUGCACGACCUCAUGUGCCAGUGCUGGCGGAAGGAGCCCGAGGAGCGGCCCACCUUCGAGUAUCUGCAGGCCUUCCUGGAGGACUACUUCACGUCCACGGAGCCCCAGUACCAGCCCGGAGAGAACCUCUAGGCACCACAGGCCAGACUGGCUUGGAUCCGACGGUCUCGCCUCCUCUGCCUGCCCACCGACGGCCUUCUCACGGGCCGAACUUCCAGGGGCCGGGCCCCUUCCUCUUCUGUGGCUUGGAAGGGCUUUGGGACCCAGGCAGCCCUCGAGGCCGCACAGGGACUGUGUCCCAGCUCCAGCCACACGCCCCUCCCUGCACUCCCUCCUUGAGCUCUGUGGUCUCUGUGGAGGAGCCACGGACAAGGGCUGGGCCCAAGAGCACAGUUUCCCAGCCUCAGCCUCCUCCAUGCAUCGAGCUCCUUCACCGCUUCCCGGGCCGCCCCAGGUCUGUCUCAAGAGCUGGCCAAAGAGUCUUUCCAA